GGAAGCCAUUUUUGUAAAUUCAAAACAAUGACUCACGUCGCAACAGCUCCUCGCGUAACUUCAACAUUAUUCUAGUUUCUCGGUGAUUGUUUGUUGAUAACUGUUGUUAAAAGUUGUGCUCAAGCGGUUGUGAAUAGUUUUGCGCUCAAGUUUGCUACUAGCGUUGGCCCCAGGGGCCUCAGACUGAACCUCCCAGGACCGUGACAUUCCUUUGUACACUGCCGUGUUUUUGCGCACCAACAAUUAACAAAAAUGAACCAGCUGGAACGGCAUCGGAUUUUGCGGAAUAUGGAUCAGCUGAUUCAGAACACCAACUACGAAGUCCUGAAGAAAGAAUGCUACCUGCGACGGAUGCUGUCCGAGGUGAUGAUUGCCGUGAUCGAGGAUCGCUACCGGGACGAGGCCUCAAAACAUAAGAAGCUUUUUGAGAAGAUCACCAAACGAGGGCCGACGGCGUUCCAGACGUUGCUGGAAAUUUGCCAGGGCAACUUUCCGGCUGCUUACAAAUUGCUCAAAGGUGGACCGGUGGUGGGAUUAAACCAGAACCAGAACCUCAACGUCGGUGGUCAGCAUGAAACCUUUAACUCUACGUUCCAUCCGAACCGUCGUCGUGCGGUUAGCGCCAACUUUGGAGAGUCCAGCCAGUUGGCCGUCCAGCAGCAGAGGCUGGAGCGUUUAUCGAUUGGUUCGCGGUCGAUUUCGGCCGAAGAUGAGGACGCCAAGAAUAACAACCAGGAGAUUGAGACAACGGAUGGAAAGAUGCGCCUGGUGGAGUACCUGGAGCCGGUUCAGGAUCUGUUGAAGGUGAAACUGACCACGCGACCGCAGAGACCUCGACUGCUGGAGGUGUAUCCGAUGACGUCGACCAGAAGGGGUGUGAUAUUCAUCGUGAACAUCAUCAAGUACAAAAACAACACCCAUCCAACGCGGAAUGGAGCCGAAGCCGAUCGAGAUAACCUGUUGUCUCUGUUCCGGCAGCUUGGGUUCACGGUAUUUUACUACGAGGAUCUGACGAACGGAGACUUCCAGUUGCUGGUGAAGGAGCUGAAGAAUUCCCCGCACCUCUCGGCCGAAUGCUUCGCGUUUUACAUUCUAGCCCACGGCAACCACAACAAGGGUUGGGACAAGAUUUACCUCAACGACAACUCGAUCCUGUUCGUGCACGACAUCCUGAAGCUGUUCAACAACGAAAACUGCCCCAAGCUGAUCGGCCGACCGAAGCUGUUCUUCUUCUCGAUCUGCAGGGGUGACCGGGCCGACUUUGGCCAGUACCGGUCGGACGCCAACACGGAGCGCGACGGCAUGAUAAACCGGAACAAGGAACCGCCGACGAACAUGCCAACGUACGCCGACAUGUACAUCUGCUUUUCGACGGUGCCCGGCUUUUCGGCCCACCGGGACACCAGCCUCGGGUCCUGGCUGGUGGAGAGCAUGUGCAAGGUUUGGGCCGAACACGCCCACGACACCGACGUCGAGCAGCUGAUGAAGUUGGUCGGCAAGGAGAUGGCCCGGUACCGAACGGAAAACCUCGGCAUGCAGACGCUGGCCUGCGAGCAGUAUGGGUUUUACGACUUGCUGUACCUCAACCCGGGGUACAGUGUGGAGUGAGGGAAACAACUGCGUCUAAGAAGGAGGAGCUACUUUUUUUUAUUUCUAAAUUUAACCAUUUUUAACAAGCGCUAGUGAUAGUU